GAGGAAGAGGAGGAGGAGAGAGCGGCGAGGAGAGGGGCCGUGGGGGGGGCGCCCCUCCGGCGGCGGCGGAGAUGGGGGAGGUGGCGGCGCUGCGGCAGCUGGUCGGCGAGGUGCAGGAGCUCUGGGACCUCUACGGCGCCCACUCCCACCCACUCCCCAGGUGGUAUUUACUGGACUUUGAGCAUGGUUCAAUCAAAGAUGAUAAUUGUAGAGCAAGGACUGGAUACAACUCAGAAUUGCUAAAGAUCAUGGAAGCUAACCAAUCACCUCCUCGCAAACGCUCACGGAGGGACAGGAACCGUGAGAAAGCACCAAACUCAAACUCAACUGAAGAAAUGAAAGAGGAGAUUUGGAGUGAGUUCCCUCGAGACCUUUUCGAAACCGUCAUUGCAAGGCUUCCAGUUGCUGCAAUUUUCCGAUUUCGUACUGUUUGUCGGAAGUGGAAUUCUAUGUUAGGCUCAGACAUUUUCUCUCAGCAGUUCUCAGAAGUUCCAAACAGACUGCCAUGGUUCUAUACAAUCACCCAUGAGAAUGCCAACAACAAUGUAGCAAUGUAUGACCCCUCACUGAAGAAGUGGCACCACCCAUCAGUUCCUCUGGCUCCUGCAAAAAUAGUCAUUCCAGUGGCAGCUGCAGGUGGCCUUGUUUGUUUAUUGGAUCUUAGCCACAGGAACUUCUACAUAUGCAAUCCGCUAACACAGUCACUUAAGGAAAUUCCACGCAGGUCAGUCCAGGCAUGGUCAAGAGUGGCAGUGGGGAUGGUGAUGAAUGGAGCAACUUCUAAUGAAGGUUACAAAGUAAUGUGGUUAGGAAAUGAUGGGAAUUAUGAACUCUAUGAUUCUACGAAGAAUGUUUGGUCUUGGCCAGGCACUUUUCCACCAGGCAUCAAACUUCCACUUGCUCUAAAUUUUAGGUCACAGCCCGUGGCGGUUGGCAGCAUGCUAUACUUCAUGUGUGCAGAACCAGAAGGUGUUUUGUCGUAUGAUGUAAGCACUGGGAUUUGGAGACAAUUUGUCAUCCCACUGCCACUUCAUCUGACCGACCACACACUUGCCGAGUUCCAGGGAAGGGUUAUGCUGGUGGGUCUGCUCUGCAAAAAUGCAGCAACUUGUGUCUGCAUUUGGGAGUUGCAGAAGAUGACUCUCCUCUGGAAGGAGGUGGACAGAAUGCCAAAUAUCUGGUGCUUAGAAUUCUAUGGUAAGCACAUGAAGAUGACAUGCCUGGGCAACAGUGGUUUGCUCAUGCUCUCCUUGAAGGCGAAGCGGAUGAACCGUCUCGUGACGUACAACCUUUUGAACAAAGAGUGGCAGAAGGUUCCUGAUUGCAUGCUCCCAUGCAGCCGCAAAAAGCAGUGGAUAGCAUGUGGCACAGCAUUUAGUCCAUGCCCCUCUGCCUUGGCAUGACAGUUUUUUUUCACUUUCUUCACCAAAGGUGGUUGAGAUUUCAGACAUUCUGGAUCAUUGGCCUAUCCUUAGAUAUUUCCAUGUUACCGUGAGAAGGCUAUCUGUUAUGUACAAAUUCAUGUAACCUGCGGUUGUUUUUGUAUCUCGCUGAAGCAAUCAAAACCGUUUGGGUUAUCAUCUAGAGGAAUUUGGGUCGGCACAGCAUCAACUGAUUAAAUCAGCUUAGAGGUAUUCAAGGGUACUUGCCAGAAGGCUGGACAGAAGGCAUCUGUUUAGUCUUUCUUGGUUUUUGCUUGUUUUCAUCAUCGUCUCGUCUUCAGUGUGUAAUAUUUUCUGAGUCUGCAGUCAUCUGCCCAAAAACUAUGUACUCUCUAUAGUAAUAACUGGGGCUGAAUUGAUGCUCCUGGGGUCAUGAUGACACUUAUGUAUCAAAUGUUAGCUGCUUC